AUGCACACAGUGUCACCACUGGUGCAAAGAAAUGAGCAGAGCCCGGAAAAAACGAAUGUAGACGUUGACAAAGCACAAACAAAUGAAGGGGCAACAACGCGAAAACUAUUGGCCGUUUCAGCCACUCGUUUACCGCACAACAUUUUGGUCUACAUUUUCUCUUAUCUAACCGCUUCGGAUCUCAAGAAUUGUCUGAUGGCUUGCCGACAUUGGAACAGCGCACUAGCAUUUGAAGAUAGUGUGGUUUGGCAAACGGUAGCACGGCGAUUGGUGCCAGAACCAGCACUUUCCGAUCCUUACUUAUUUUCUGAAAUUCCCUCAUUCAAGCAAAAGUUGAGAGCAUUCAAAUUUGCCUGGAACCCAAACGAUUCGAGCAAAAAUAACUACCUUCGCCCGAACGGAAUCACAAUACAUCGCCAACCAGUAGCCCAAUCUACGGAUGGUGUCAGGGGAAAGAUUGGUGUUUCUUCUGGCUGUCACGCGUUUGAGCUUUCCUGGGAGGGUCCACUUGGUACAGUGGCCGUAAUCGGAUUGGCGACAAAACACGCAGCACUACAUUGUCCAGGGUAUGUGCCACUUAUCGGCUCCGAUGAUCAGAGUUGGGGAUGGAAUUUGGUCGAUAACAAUUUGCUCCACAACGGACAAUCGCUCGGAAUUUACCCUGCUGUCAACAAUCCACCAAAAUAUCAAGUGGGAGAACGAAUACGUUUAAUAUUGGAUUGUGAUCAGCAUGUGUGUUAUUUCGAGCGCGGGACCGAGUUCCUUGGAGUCGCUUUUAAAGAGUUACCACCAGUCAAACUCUUCCCAUCAAUUUGCGCUGUUUACGGGAACACCGAAGUGUCGAUGGUUUAUUUGGGAGCGCCGGCUUUGGGC